AAUUUUUCAUUGUUUUCAUCGGAAAUUUUUCCAGAAAACUGCGAAAAUGCCGUUCGAGCGACCAACCGGCUUCAAAAUGCCGCUUUCAGAGACUUUGAAGCUUGCUGGCUUGAAAUAUGCGAACCCGGAGGAUGAUUAUCUCAAAAAGAAUCCCAAGCGAUUUCUGGAGGAAAGACUGCUGAAAAUGGAAGUUCUGGCGAAUUUGGAUGCGGAUAGCACAGAAAUGCUAUUCCGCUUUGCCGUCGGACAAAACGUGAUGGCGGGAUUCGAGAAGCUGAGAAGGGAGCUCAAGGAUAUUGAGUAUAUCUCGAGAUUGAGGAAACCGAAGCUUCUCUCGAUGCUUCCCUCCGACGCUGCUGCUGGGGCUAAGGACCCAGAAAUCAAAUUCAUCACCAGAAGAGAUAGUUUUCGCAAUGUCACUGUUCGCCUAGUGCUAAAGGAACAGCCGAAGUCCACAUUGUUUCCAGACGCGCCACGUGACAAGUUCAUUCGCCUGGAACUUGGCAGGAAGCUCUCAGCUGAGGACAAGACAAAGCUCAAGGAAGAAUUUGGCCAGCUCAUGAACGGUGGUGGAGUCAUGAUCAAUUUCAUCACCAACUCCCUAUGGCCGAUCGUAAUGAGAGCUGAUAUUCAGCAAAAGAAGGAAAACCAGGAGAAGCCGACGGCGGCGGCAGGAGCGCCGAAAUACAAGCCACCACGUGGAGGAGCUCGUUUCGUCUCCUCCGGCGGUGAUCGUCGUCCAACGAUGGCAGUGCUGCCGACUGUCAAGGAGCACGUGGCUCAUUCUGUUUCCAAGGAAAAAUCAUUCGAAAAAACGGAUUUUUCGCGUGGAGCUGCGCCGUCGAUUCAGGAUUUGAAGCUAAAAGCCCCGAAAUGCGCCCUCGCUUGGGGAAAUGAUCGUCCAACGAGGGAAAUGCUCCCGACUGUUCCAGAAGAAAAGCCAGCUCUCGGUAGACGUGAUGCUUCACGCGGACGCUCUAUCCCGCGGGCUCAGCCGCCGGCUCAGGAUUUGAAGCAGGAUGCUCCGAGAGCUCCGAGAGCCACCUGGGGAAGUGACCGUUCAACGAGAGAAGUGCUCCUUCCGGCUGUUCCAGAAGAAAAGCCAGCUCUCGGUAGACGUGAUGCUUCUUCGCGUGGACGAUCCCUUCCGCCGCGGACUCUGCCUCAGGACUUGAAGGUUGAAGAUGCGCCGAAAACGGUGGUCGGUGGAAGUUUUGGAUCCAGAAGUAACGUGUUCGAUCACAAUUCAAUGACGACUACGUUCCAAGCAAAUCCGCAAUUCGCAACUCACAAUGGCUCAAACACCGUCGGAGGCAGGUUCGGAGGAGGAUCACGACGAGGAAGAGGAGGAGGAGGUGGCGGCCGACGCGGCGAGAAUGACUCUGCUCGUGGAGGAAACUGGCGAAAUAGGCAAAAUUGAAUUAUUUCUUAAAAAGAUGAAUACCCGUAUUAUUUUG